AUGUCCAGUUCCGAGUUCACAUAUGUGAUACCACCUUAUCUUCUCAAUUCAUGUGUGGGGCAAGAGCUUCACCAAGAAUUGUGCUGGCUCGACCCAGACUUGGCUGCAAGAAACUACUUCUCUCCCGAGUCCUCACACUACAGAUUCCGCCUGCCACGAGACUUGUCUCAAGAUCCCAACUCUUUCUGUGAUGAUACAUAUAUCAACGAGCUCAUACGAAAAAAACUAAGGGAGAAGUUUGCAGCUCUUGGUAUCUUGGGAUCCUCGUGUCCUGAUGAAGUCAAAGACGAAUAUCUCUUUGAACUCUAUGAGAUUUUUAAAGAUAGACUCAUGCCUAACAAAGAGGGCGUCAAAUCCCCUGAAGAAGCUUUAAGAUCAGGCGAUAGAGCGCAAGAUUCAUAUAACACAACUCAAGAAUCCUUGUUUGAUCUUCCUCGAUAUGGCGAGUUCAUUUAUAAGAAAGGAUACAAAGGCACGAAUUCACACUGCUUGGAAGCCAGUCCUCUCGAAAUUCUUAUUUCGUGGGCUCGCGACAAAAAAGAGAACAAAUACUCCUUCUUCCCGUAUUUGAUGGUCGAUGACAAGAACUUUUUUCUUUCCCCAUUACCGAUGUAUUGGACACCAUUGUCUGGGGGCAACCACUUAAAAGUUUUGGACGAGCAGUUCAAUUUAGAGUCUGACAUUGAAAACGGUUAUUCGGUUCUCCGUCUUAAACUCUCAAGGGACAACGCGGAACUUGCGGAAAACCAAUCAGGGAAAAAGCGGUUCUACAAUUUCAUUUCGAAUAACCAAGUACAGGAGAACACGGGUGUUUAUUAUUACGAAGUCUCUAUCGAGCAAAUGGCUGCUAAGAGCACAGAUUAUGAUCCAAUAAUUCAAGCAAAUGAUCCAUCUCUAUCGUCUGGCUCCUCACUAUUCUUCAAUAUGGGUUUCACUAAGCGGACCAUAAAGUUCGAUAAGAUUCCCUCCAGUACAGGCCCACUGUCUGCAACAACUCUGACAAUUGAUCUCAAAAAAAUUCAAGCAGAUAUUUGUCUGCACAGUCUGAGCCUAUGUGGUAGCAAAUUAGACGAGGAUACGAUUACUUUCCUUGGUGCUGAGCCUGGCGUGUCUUUUGAGGGGAGCCUUGCUAUAAGCUUUAAUAACUCAUGUUCCUAUGCUUCUAUCAAACGAAAUGAUGGUGAUUUUAGAACGUCGUCAUUAAACUUGAACAGAAGGUUUUCUCAGUUGAAUAGGCACAACCCUGCAGACCAAGAGCUAACCAAAUUAGAUAUUGAUGUCCCAUUUCAUACGUUUUCUCUGUUCGAGACAGAAGAUAAAAAAUGUUUUCAAACAGACACGGUUGGAUUUGGGGUAAACUUCAUAGAUCGGACCCUAUUCAUUACCCUCAACGGUGUAAUAGUGAAGACCAUUAUUGAGCUGGAUAUCACGGCGUCAAAUAGAUAUCAAGACUCUCUAUUUGGUCAAGGGGCUGAACUGGGACCCUUGUAUCCUAUGAUAGGAUUCAGAUUGGCAAAUUUCUCAAAACUUGCACCGAACGGAAAUAUGCCAGAGUCAAAAAUUAUAACCAACUUUGGGUUGAAGAGCUUUCAGUUCAACAUAAAUGGUUACAUCCAAAAGCUAAAGCUUGGACAGAAAAAGCUUCUCCAGUCAGUCAUAUAUGAUGAACUUAAUACUGUGUCUGAAUCGUCGGAUACAGACAUUCAAAAAUUCGAACUUUCUGUUCGAAAUAUUCAAGAUGAUCCAGCCAUAAUGAAUGAUUUCAUAGGUGGAUAUCUUAUCCAAGAAGGAUUUCUAGAAGCAUUUGAAUCUUUCAAGUCCGACCUUGAUGAUUUGUUGAGGAAUGUUAGUCAAGUUGAAGACGAAGAAAUGAGAGAGGCAUACAAAUCCCAUUCUCUUAAUAAAAUUUUUGCACCGACUAAAGCAGUACAAAGACAGCAACUCAAACAAAAAAUCAUAGGUCGUCAAUUUUCCGAAGCAAUCGACAUUUUGCAGACUGAGUUCUCACAUUUGAGAAAGCUUGAGCUGUUUGUCUUUGAGCUUGAGCUACUGCAAUACAUAGAGUUGUUGAGAUGCUUUUACAACGUGAAAUUUGAAUCUGACGAUGAAGACAUUUGCACAUCCAAGGAUUUAGAGACAAGUUUGUUUGCGAGGGCAUUUACUCUUGGUAGAAAUCUCUUUGAAAAGUCCGGAGAGACGUCUGCCAGAGCCUUGAAGGAACUUUCGAGUGUUCUACUUCUCAAUGACAAAGAAAAUCUAAAGGAAUUAUCGCAAGCUUGCAGACUAUUCGAAAGAAACGCAAAUGAUAUCAAAGUUUUAGCUAGCAUGAUCAAUUCCGAAAUUCUUGAAGAGCAAGGCUUCAGCAGAGAGUCGAGGUUAGAGAAUAUGGUGACCUAUGUUGAGGAAAACGUGAGCAGACUUAGCUCAGAAAACAAGAAUCCUUUUAGUCUCGUCAACUUUGAGAGAGAUUACAUGGAUCUUUAA